UGUAAUUCCACUCCCUGACAGCAGGCUGCGCUCUUUGUGCGACGUGACUGGAGAGCUGCCAGUUGUAGAACCAUUAGCUAACAACAACAGAAAACCCCUGUCGGCAAACGUUUUAAUUGGACCCCACAUAAAGGGGGCAACCUGCUUCCAUCUGGUGUUCACUGAUGCAGGUGGACGUCAGGACUGAACACUGACUUUUUGGAAGUACUUUCCAGCUCCUCUUCUUCACCCUCUUGUCCCACAUCACGCUCUGCCACACUGGCAAUGUCAAGGGUCCCGAGUCCCCCUCCCCCCGCGGAAAUGUCCAGCGGGCCGGUGGCCGAGAGCUGGUGCUACACGCAGAUCAAAGUGGUGAAGUUUUCCUACAUGUGGACCAUCAACAACUUCAGCUUCUGUCGUGAGGAGAUGGGCGAGGUCAUCAAAAGUUCCACCUUCUCUUCUGGGGCCAACGACAAACUGAAAUGGUGUUUGCGAGUGAAUCCCAAAGGCCUGGAUGAGGAAAGCAAAGAUUACCUUUCCUUGUACCUGCUGCUGGUCAGCUGUCCGAAAGCAGAGGUGCGUGCAAAGUUCAAGUUCUCCAUCCUCAACGCCAAGGGAGAGGAGACCAAAGCCAUGGAAAGCCAGAGGGCAUACCGCUUCGUCCAGGGAAAAGAUUGGGGCUUUAAAAAGUUCAUCCGGAGAGAUUUCCUCCUUGAUGAGGCUAACGGCCUUCUGCCUGAUGAUAAGCUAACGCUCUUUUGUGAGGUGAGUGUUGUGCAGGACUCAGUCAACAUAUCUGGUCAGAACACUAUGAACAUGGUGAAGGUUCCUGACUGCCGGCUAGCUGAUGAGCUUGGGGGCCUGUGGGAGAACUCACGCUUCACAGACUGCUCCCUGUGUGUGGCUGGACAGGAGUUUCAGGCCCACAAAGCCAUCCUGGCAGCCCGUUCCCCUGUAUUCAGCGCCAUGUUUGAGCACGAGAUGGAGGAGAGCAAAAAGAACCGUGUGGAGAUCAACGACGUGGAGCCAGAAGUUUUCAAGGAGAUGAUGUGCUUCAUUUACACAGACAAGGCUCCCAACCUGGACAAGAUGGCCGACGACCUGCUUGCAGCAGCCGAUAAGUACGCUCUGGAGAGACUUAAAGUCAUGUGUGAAGAUGCUCUGUGCACCAGUCUGUCCGUGGAGAACGCCGCUGAGAUCCUCAUCCUGGCCGAUCUGCACAGCGCAGACCAGCUCAAAACGCAAGCAGUCGACUUCAUCAACUACCACGCUGCAGAGGUGAUGGAAACAGCCGGCUGGAAGUCCAUGGUUGCAUCCCAUCCUCACCUGGUGGCCGAAGCUUACCGCUCCCUGGCGUCCGCCCAGUGCCCUUUCCUGGGACCCCCUCGCAAGCGGCUCAAACAGUCCUAACAGUCUCACCCGGAGGGCAUAAAAACACAGUCGUGCUCGCACACAUACACACACAAAAGCAGUAACACCCAGGUUUGCCCCCUGCUCCCAGGGAAUACCGUUCCCCUUGCUGUUACUUACAACACUACCUAGGGCCUCCCCUGAACCCUCCAUUAUGCCCCACCCAGAACCUGCUGUAUGUAGUCUUUUUAAAGAUGGAAGGAAGAAGAAGGAGGAAGAGAGGGAAAGCUGGGAUUGUAAAGUGGAUCUUUGCUGUUUACAAUAAAACCCACUGCAGCCCGUCCUCUUACUCCUCGGCUCUGGCUUUGUGAGUUCUGACGUUGUUCUCUUUUUCCGUGUACCCUUGGACAUCCCGCUAGUUCCUACUUUGGGGUCUUAUUUCCGAGGAAGAGCUGAACAAGCAAACCCUGCCAUCGCCAAUAAUUUGGACGUUUGGAGUAUGGUGGCAAAUAAAAAUUGUUAGUGUCUGUUUUAUCAUAAAGCGAAUAGAGCGAUCCAGUUAGACACCCCCCACCCCCACCCUAAACUCAAGGACACAAGGGCCUGUGAUUGAGAGGGCUAUGGUUGCACACUAGAAGCUCCACCCCAAGAAAGACAACCAAGGGCUAGUCAAAAAGCAAAGAUGAGGGGGGGGGGGGAUCAACAAAAUCUUCCCAGUAAAACUUGGGAAAAAGUUGCACUAAUUCCACAGAUCAGCCCUUGCCAACCCUGAACCAGCAGUAACAUAGAAAUACUGUAGGCAAGCACACAAUGAAGCAAGCUUCGUGGACUUAAGACCCAGCUGGACCACCACCAACAAGUUCCCUUUAAAAACAAAAUCUAUGUGCAAGUGACAAAAAAAAACCACAUGUACUCGUGUAUCGAACUGUCCAAGCUUCACCUGCGUCCAUUUUCCUUUUUUUUUUAAACGUGAGGAAGAACGAAGCAUAAAGAAGAAAGAGAAAAUAGCAACGCACAAUCGGGUGUCAUUCUUGGGGAAGUUCUCAUUAGGGGAUCCGUACCUCCUAGACGUGUCUGAAAACAACCCCACCAGGAGACGGCCAAACGUCUAGAAAUCGUUACAGAUAUUUUGAAGGGUUUAGUCAGACACGCUGAUGUUCUUUUGUGACAGAUUUCAUUUUAGUUUGUUUUAUUUUUUGCUUCCAUAGGAAAUUGUACAGACACUCGUGUUUCUGUGGCGGAAGCAUUUUCAACAGUCAAACUGAAAGCAUAGAGACUAAAGGGAAAUUAAACUACAAUGAACACGUUUUAAUGUUCAGAAUAUAUCAAUUAUAGACAAAAAAAAACUCCUGAACCACAUGAAAUUAAGUCGUAAAAAGAAAGUACACCCUCCGUCAGUUCUUGGGUUUUAUGGUUAAAUGACCUGCUCUUGAACAGGUUCUAAAAUGAUUUAAACCACACACCAGAGAUUACACCACUAUUUAUUAAACAGUGAUGCCAACAAGUUUGGUAAAAAUUACACCCCAAAAACCAUAAAUAUGUACAAAAUAUCUAAAACCCUAGAAUUUAAGGGGUUGUACUUUUUCUUUUUUUUUUUUUAACCAUGACUGUACAUUUAAAGUUAUCAUUUCAACCUGUUGGAAAAUGGUAUUGAUAGAAGGAACCGCUGUUUCUUUUCCUGUAGAUAUUUCUGAUUUUGAGAAGUGACACUUAGCUGUUGCCAUUUGUUUUUUUGUUCCCAGAAAAAUAAACCACAACUAUUUUGUAUCGAAUGCA